UAACUUUUCGGGGGAGGUGUGAGAUCCAACACCUGAGAGAAAGCGAAGCGUCCGUACUCUGUCCCCUCUCCUCCUCGCGCGCGUCGUCGUCGCUGGCUCGCUGCUGCCUUCGAUCCCCUCACAAAUUCCUACCGCCACCUCUAUCGUCUCUUCCAAGCAGGCGUCACCCACACCGAACAAGCUUUCGAAACUCCCCGCCUCAGCUCCGGAACCUUCCAAAACCCCUCCUCGCUCCCCCGCUUCCCACUCCUUCACCUAGGGUUUCGCCUCCGCCUUCACCCAGCUCGCGCGCGCGAUGGGGAUCGGGCGGAAGCGGCGACGAGGGGGCGGGGAGCUGGGCCGGGUGGCGGAGAUCGUGAUGGUGAUGGCGGCGGCCGGGGAGGCGCGGGGCGGGCGGGCCCCGACGGCGGCGGAGCGCGCGCUCGCGGCCGAGGCGCGGGGAGCGCUCGCCGCCGUAGUGGCGGGGGAGGUGGAGCUGCUGCGGCCCAGGGAGCUGUUCACGACAGAGGCGGUUCGCGCGCUCGUCCAGGACCUUGGGCUCACUCGGACCAGGGACCCCGCAGCCGUGGGAUUCCGCCCGCGCAAGGCCUCCAUCGCCGAGAGGGUCCUCCUCACCAAGCGCAAGAUGGAAGAAGUGAAGGAAGCUCUGGUCCCUUCACCAACUGUGCCUAAAAUGACAGCCUCAAGUGCUAGAAAAGGAUUCCAGCAUGGAGCUUCUAAGAUCACCACUGGAGUACCCAGGAAUCUGUCAACCCCAAUGACAUCCCCAGUUAUCUCAAAGCAGCCCAUGCUAAAUGCAACAGUAGCAGGAGCAUCUUCUAUAAAAUCACCUGACAUCCCUUCAGCUGUUUCACUGCCACCUAUUGGCUCUGCAGAUGUCGAAAUGGAAAUUGUUGUUAAUGGUUCAAAUUUCACACAAAACGGAGGUGCAGAAACUAUUGAACAGUCAAAUAAAUCAGGUCAUCACACUGCUAAUAGUUCCAAUCGAAGUUCCUUACAGAGUUCCAGUCAAGCAGAGAAAUCUGUGGAUGAAAAGGAGCCUGCUAUUUGCCCUGGGACAGGAAGUGUUGUUAUGGGAUAUCAAGCUCCAAAGGAGGAGCUCUCUGUUCAAAAACAAACAAUCUUCUCCAAUCACAAGGCAAUAGCAAAAAACGUUGCACGGAUUCUGCGCCAACCUGCUAAUCACCCCAGCUGGAGUGUGCCUUCAACUGAGUAUAUGAAUAAAAGACUGGACUGUCAGAUAUGUAAAGUUCCUAUCAUCAAUACGGAAAGUUUGCUUGUUUGUGAUGCCUGUGAGAGGGGUGCGCACGUAAAAUGUCUUCAGUAUUAUGGGAAUCAAGGUCUGCAAAAACCUGAGUGGUAUUGUCCAACAUGUGUGUUACAUAGUAAGGGCAAGCCCCUCCCUCCAAAAUAUGGCAAGGUUUCAAGAACUAUUGUUGUACCAAAUACUUGUAUGACUAAUGGUGCACAGCCUUCUCAGGUAGCAGCAGAAAACCCAACUGAAAAAGAUGGCAGAAGUGAUAAAAAUGUAGCAGCAAAUGGAAGUGUUAUCAAUCAAAACACCAACAAAGUUGGCAGCACUGUGUGCAAAAGUGGUACAUUGGCUUUAGAUGCUACUGGUUCUAAAUCACCUUCUGGUGCUGAACCUCGAAAAGAAGAUGUUAAACAUGAUGAAACCUCAUCUGUAGAAAAGGAAGGAAAUGGCGUGCCUUCUGGUGGCAUACAUACAGAAACUGCAACAUUAUGCAAUAAAGCUCAGAGUAGUGGAGCAUCAACGUAUAGUUCUGGCAAUCUGUCAGGGGGCUUUCAUAUGUAUAUUGAGAGCAGUUCUGUGAGUCCAGUAAAUUAUUCCAUCCUGCAGUCUACAGCACUUUCUGGCGUAAAGCAUGCGGACCAUUCUUCCAUUGUUUCUUCUGUAGAGAAUUGUCAGAGCACUAGAGCACCAACUGAUGAAUUAUACCAAGCAGAUGGAGUCACUAACAAUGGGAUAAGAAAGCCACAUAAACACGAAACUAUGGCAAAUGAUGCCAUCUCAGAUCAUGACAAUGCUCAUCAGAUGACUUUAAAUGGACACCUUUGUUCUAAACCUGAAAUUAUAGGGGAUCGUAAUGCAUAUGAAGGUUCCAGCACAGCUAGUAUUAUUGAUUGGGUUGGUGAUGGCCUCAAAUCUAUUGACAACAAGACUUACUAUAACUCUUGUAAUAUUGAUGGUGUAAUAUACAAUCUUCAUGAUCAUAUGUUGAUUGCCUCUGAAGGUGGCAAGUUCGGUCCGUGUAAGCUGCAGUCACUGUGGGAAGAGCAUGACUCUGGUUCUAGGCUGGCUAUGGUUAAUCCCUACAUAUUUGGCUCCGACAUACCAGGAUCUAUUAGCAAACCAUGUAUCGAUGAAGAGGAUGAGGUAUAUGGUUCAAACAAUGAUAGAAUUGUGUUAGUUUCUGCUAUUCAUGGCCCUUGUGAGGUACUACAUGUUGACAAGUUUAGAGAGGAGACCAAGAGAAGAUGUCAAUUAGACAGUUCAGGUUGUGUGUUGCAUCCAAUUUUCUUCUGCAGCAUUGGGAGCUGCCAGUGGUACUUUUGCACAAUGAGCUAGGGCUGGCUGAGAGUUCCUAGCUAUCAGUAUGUUAGCUGGUGGAACUAUGAUGAUUCCACAAGCAGUUUCUAUAAAGAUUACAAUGUUGACAAUUAGAUGGGUUCCUAGCAUUCUUUUGUGUAAAGAAUUAUACGUCUAGCUGUUUUCCUAAUGUCAAACGGAGGGAGAAGCUGAUAUCAGGCUAUGUAAAGUUUGGAGGAAGAGUGCAGAGAAGAGGGGGUAUUGGACCCUGUUAUGCUGUACUGUAUUAUAUCAAUCCGUUGAUGUUCCUUUUUAAUGUACCAUAUAAUAUGUGCCUCUCCUCCUUCCUGUAAUUAGGUUGGGCCUAGUUUGUAUCUCAGGUUGGUUCACAUGAGAAAACUAUAUCGUACAGGGGCGUUGUUGCUUGCUGACCAAUCCGGCUGAUUGGUACAGGGUAAGUUGUUUCUGGAAAACGCCGGUGAGUGUUGGACGAGAUUCGCCUGGAGUUUUACUUUUGGCUCCUGGAUUCACCUGUCUCCACUCUCCAGUCUCCAUGUAUAGUAUCGAGUCAAAUUCGCCAUAUUUGCAGGGCUAAUGGAAAAUUUGGUCAUGGUCAA